GGAAUAGCCCAAAGUCGAAAUGUUGACACGUGAGUUCUGUUUUUGUCAACCACCCCACACGAAUAAGAUGAGAACGGUAAUGAACUGAAGAAGUGAUACAGCAAGGCUUGUAUGAAUAGUCUGUCACUACCUUUAUUUUGGUUUUUAAAAAGAAGAUAUUUUUAUAAUGAAAGAAAUGGAAUUUGAUGGAGGUGAACUGACAAAGUUGGUACUAUUGGCAAAGAAGAAAAUAAAAGAAAACACAGUUGGAAGGCUUGAGAAUGUAGCAGCUGAUAAACCAGGCACACAUCGUGGAGUGGAGUGUGACGAAACAGUGCAGUUUGUCAUUGACACAACACCGGAUCAAAGUUAUUGCAAUAAGAAUAUUGAAGAGACCAAUGAAGACAAUACCAGUACUCCGAUUCAAACAUCACCUAUUUUGCAAUUUUCAGAAUCAAAACCUGCAGAACAGAUUGAAUUAGCCUCUGGGCUGGAUUCUGGUGUAGCCAGUGAUGGAUUGUACAUAAGAUUUGCUGAAGAAAGUGACAAUGCUAUCCCAAGACAGCCACAAAAGCAUGAAAAGGUGAUGGAAAAGAGUGUCAUUACAUCAGAUUUUGAGAAGCGUCAUUCAAUACCAUCCUACCAAGAAUCAAAAAGGCAAUUGAAGAAGCAGCGAAAGAAAGAAAAAGAAUCCAACUCAGGAGGUGGUUGGUUCAACAUGAAAGCAGCAGAGAUGACCGAUGAACUCCGAAGAGACCUUAAACUUAUUCAAAUGAGGUCAAUGUUGGAUUCAAAACGCUUUUACAAAAACAAUGAUAUGAAGAAUCUUCCAAAAUUUGUUCAGAUGGGUCAGGUGGUUGACAGUCAUGCUGAUUUUUACAGUCAUCGCAUUCCAAAGAAACAAAGAAAAAAGACAGUAGUCGAUGAACUGCUUGCUGAUGCGAAUUUAAGAAGAGAAAACAAGAGGAAGUACCUUGAGCUUCAACAAAAAUCUAUACGUGCAAAAUUUUCAAGAGGAAAGAAGAAAGGGGGAAAAUCAAGGCCAACUGAAAAAUUUACAAUUUAGAUUUUGCUGACAUUUUAUUUAGAAACCACUUUAUUUAUUUAUUACUAGUAUUUAUUUAAUGUAUUCUGAUAUUAAUUCAAAAAAGCAGCCUAAGAUGAAAGUCUUGUACAGUAUUUACAAUCUAUAAAGAUAAAAUACAAAUAAAAUUAGUUGAUAGGAUGAGAAUCUUUAUGCAAUUCUAAUUCAAGAUUAUUAUUUUCAAAGCAAUAUUGAGCCAUUAUGAUUAUUUUUUUUUAUUAAACAGCAUUCUAAAAUAAAUUGUAGAGAGAA